AUGCCGCCAAACAAUAAGAAAAAGAAGAAGGCCGUGUCCAACCCGGCUCGCGGCUUCGCAACUGUCUCCGUGCCUUCCAAACCCAAAUCAGAGGGCACAGAAACUCCUUCUACAGUGACAGGAGAGUCGAAAUCCACGCCGCAGAAUGAACCGCAACCCGCACGUGCUGAAGAACACCCCGCCGUUGCGGCCACACAAGAUGCCGCCCCCUCAUUACAAGAUUAUUCGCCCGAAGAACUCGAGAAACAUUUGGAAGAGGCCGAACUACAGAUCUUGGUCGACAAAUAUGCAUCGAGGUGCAAGAGCGAUGGCGUGCGCCAGGCCACCAAGUUGGAGAAUGAGAAGCGAGUCUUUCGACAGCAAUCGGUGACAUUGAAUCUGCUAGAAUGGCUUCCGAUCGAGAUGCAAGACAGAAUUAUGGAAUUGGCUAGUACCGAGGAACACGACUACCUUAUUGCAAACGCACGAAAUGUUAGCGCCAAGCAGGCUGGCUCGGAGGAGGAGCUCUACAUGAAGGUGUGGACUUUGAAAGAAACUCUCCUCAAACUUGGAUUUCCGGAAAACCGCACCGAGGAAGCACUUAAACAUGUUCUACAAUACUUUUCUGGGAACCCAACCAAUGCCAGUCGUGAUGUGGUAUGGAACUUGGAUGAGGCUCUUGAGUGGUUAGCCACACAUAGCGACAAGAAGGAGCUUCCUUCCUAUGUGCAAACAACACCCCGGCCCCAAAAAGACGAGAACAGUGUAACCUCGUGGAUGAUUGAAACAGAGCCAUCACGGUCCUCCACUCCCAACAAAUCAAAUGGAAACAAGCAAGGAAAGCCAAAGGCCGAUUGGAAGUCCGCAAAAUCUGCGCCUCUUAUUUCUUACGACUCCGAUAGCUCGAUUGAUCCCGAUACCAUGGUUCCAGAAUGGCUGGACAUGCAGACCAAGCUCUACGGUUUACAGCCAGACCUGUUCGAUCGCCCCGGUAAGGGUAAGAAAGGUCAUGGGCCAGCAGCAAGUCAGUCUGACGAUCCUGAGGUGUUUAAACUUCAGCGAAAGAUCGCAAAAAUCGAAAACGAUGUUCUCUUUGAGCGUCGCGAAGCUGAAUACUUCUGGAAAGACAAGCUUGACGAGCUCAGAAAGGAUGCGAGCUUUAUCCGUCGGCCGCCUGAGAAAAAGAAGGAGGAGCCGCCCGCUGAGGAACAGCCAGCUAUGCCAGCACUUGAUGGACUCGAUUUGAGUAUGCCAUCAAUGGACGAGUUGGAUGGUGCUGGGCUAGGUGACAUGUUCCAGGAGCAAACAGAAGGUUCCGGAUCAAUCCUUGGUCUUCCUACCCCUACGACUGGAAUUUCCACCACUCUUCGUGACUUUGGGAAGACUACGGGUCUCAGUCCUCGACGUGUGCUGGAAGAGACUUGCAAAGCCAAAGACUCGGCAUGUAAAGUUGUCUAUCGGGAUACUUCUAUAUCGGGUCAUCAUAACAGGCAGGCAGUCGAAGUGCGGUGGUCCAAACCGCAGGAAGCCCCGUUCCCGCUUGUUGUGGAGUCGGUUACUCACAAGUCGAAUGAAUUCGCUACUUUCGUUUCAAUGGAUUCUUUGGCAACUCCGACUGCUCAGCAGGCAGAAGGAUAUGUCUCGACUCUUGCUCUGUUUAUCUUAUUCCCCCAAAGCUCCAAAGAAGGCAAGGCCUACCUGCGUUUGCCCGCGGUGUGGAGAGAUCUUUGUACCGAGUUCUCCAAUCUCAAGAAGACCCAGGAGGACGAGGUUGACAAGAACGCAAUCAAAGACUUGAAGCGUCUGGUGCAAGAGAACCAAGGCAGCUUCGAGGACGAUGUGGUGCUAUUGGACAAUUUCCGCAAGAGGAAUGGUAACGGUAGCAAGCCUGGCAGCCCGUUGAAGGGUCCUGCCCGUGAUGGCUACUUUGGCCUCGACGAACGGUUACAGGAGGCUUGGGCAGCCAAGUCAUCUACCCCGUCUUUCCACCGCAUGAUGCAGGGCAGAAUGACCCUCCCCAUCUGGAACUUCAAGGAUGAAAUUUUACACACCUUGGAUACUCACCGCGUCAUUAUCAUUUGCAGUGAGACGGGUAGUGGAAAGAGUACUCAGAUUCCUUCUUUCAUCCUGGAGCACGAGAUGCUUCAGGGCCGUCCCUGCAAGGUCUACGUGACGGAACCUCGUCGUAUCUCAGCCAUCUCAUUGGCACGACGUGUGAGCGAAGAGAUGGGAGAGAGCAAAAACGAUGUUGGUACUAUUCGUUCUCUUGUUGGUUUUGCGGUGAGGCUGGAAAGCAAGAUCAGCUCUACUACUCGGCUGGUUUACGCGACUACUGGUGUUGUUGUUCGUAUGCUAGAGCGACCAGAAGAUUUCCAAGAUAUAACUCACGUUGUUUUGGAUGAAGUCCACGAGCGCACGAUCGAUAGCGAUUUCCUUCUUGUUGUUCUCCGAAGACUUAUGCAAAAGCGCCCCGACCUGAAGCUCAUUCUCAUGUCCGCUACUGUCGAUGCCCAGCGCUUCUCAAACUACCUUGGUGGCGUCCCAAUCAUGAACAUCCCCGGACGGACGUUCCCCGUGGAAAUGAAAUAUCUUGAAGAUGCAGUUGAGAUGACAGGCUACCGAUUAUCCGAAGAUGACUCGAACGGAACUCUGGACGAUGAUCCGGAUGAAGUCUCCGAUUCCAACGGAGAUACCGCCGUCGGCGGUCUUCAAGCCAGUCUCGAAGGGUACUCCAAGCAAACCCGUGAGACCAUUCUCAACUUCGAUGAGUACCGGAUGGAUUACCAGCUGAUCAAGAAACUGCUUUUGAGAAUUGCUACCGCACCUGAUAUGGAACAUUACAGCAAGGCAAUUCUGGUUUUCAUGCCCGGUCUUGCAGAGAUCCGCCGUUUGAAUGAUGAAAUUCUCGCCGAGCCAACCUUCCAAAGGGGAUGGAUUGUGCAUGCCCUUCACUCCUCGAUUGCCAGCGAAGAUCAAGAAAAGGCGUUCAAUGUGCCUCCCGAGGGCACAAGGAAGAUUGUCAUUGCGACCAACAUCGCAGAAACGGGUAUCACCAUUCCAGAUAUCACAGCAGUGGUUGAUGCAGGAAAGGAGAAGAUGAUGCGCUUCGACGAAAGAAGACAACUCUCUCGACUGGUCGAGUCUUUCAUCUCUCGUGCCAAUGCGAAGCAGAGACGUGGUCGUGCGGGUCGUGUUCAGAAUGGUAUCUGCUUCCAUCUAUUCACUAAACAUCGUCACGACAAGCUGCUCGCAGAACAACAGACCCCCGAGUUGCUUCGUCUUUCUCUGCAAGAUCUGGUACUGCGAGUCAAGAUUUGCAAGCUGGGUGAGGUUGAGCAGACCCUUCUCGAGGCCCUGGACCCACCGUCUCCAAAGAACAUCCGACGUGCCAUUGACUCUCUCAAGGAAGUCAAGGCUCUAACGAGUAACGAAAGCUUGACACCAUUGGGAUCGCAACUGGCAAAACUGCCGCUGGAUGUCUUCUUAGGCAAGCUGAUCAUCCACGGAGCUUUCUUCCGCUGUUUGGAUGCCGCAGUCAGCAUUGCCGCCAUUCUCUCAUCCAAAUCACCAUUCGUGAACACGAUGGGCUCGAACUCGCAGCGCGAUGCCGCCCGAAACGGCUUCCAAAGAGGUGACUCCGAUCUUCUAACUGUGUAUAACGCCUACUGCGGCUGGAAACGCGCCAAAAGCACCCCCGGCUCCAGCGAAUACGCCUUCUGCCGCAAGAACUUCCUCAGCCCGCAAACCCUCCAAAGUAUCGAAGAUGUCAAGCUACAACUAAUCACCUCAAUCGUCGACGCGGGGAUGAUCAAUCUAGAUGCCUCCCAAAAGACAGCACUCAGCCGAGCACGCUCAAGUAACCGCCAACGCCAGAUGUUCACCAUCCCCGAAGAACACGAUCUAAACAGCACAAACGACGUCGUCAUCAACUCCGUCGUCGCUUGGAGCUUCUAUCCCAAACUCAUCACCCGCGAAGGUAAAGGAUGGCGUAACGUCGCCAAUAACCAGACCGUCACGUUGCAUCCAACAUCCAUCAACAAACACGCUGAUCACGCUAUCAAAUGGCUUUCUUAUUACCAUAUCAUGCAAGCGCGGAAUCGGAAUCUGAACGCUCAUGAUACCAGCGCUGUUGAUGAUUUCUCUAUUGCACUGCUAUGUGGUGAUGCUGAGUUCAAGUUAUACUCGGGCGUCAUCUCAAUCGACGCAAACAGAAUCCGCUUCUCACUGCGAGACUGGAAAACUAUGCUCACGCUAAAAAUUCUCAAUUCCCGUCUUCGCGAUCUUCUCGCGGCCACAUUUAAGAACCCACAUAAGCCACUUUCUUAUAAGCAGCAGCAGUGGUUGGAUGUUUGGCAGCAGAUCUUUGCGCAGGCUUGGAAGCGGUGA